AGAGAAACCAAUCGGCUUCAUUUUCAGUUUCUUCUGGGACUGCAGGAGAGUCACGCUGCAUCUUAUGACAAAUGAAGAUGUUACCUGCAAAAUUACAGAACUGAUAGGACACCAACUUCUGGAUGUCACAUCACCCGGACAAAUGUAAGAACCCCAUUCUAGAGGAGCCCGCUCUGUAAAACUUCAGUGACAGAGACAUCACAAGAAAAUACUGCCUUUAGGAAGAGAUUAAUCAUCCAAUCCUGAAUCAGACAGAAUCCCUGUGGUUCCAAAAUCCACCUGCUACUGAAAACCUUCAGAGUGCAGAGGCUGACCCAGAGAGUAGUAACGUACCACGUGGGGGUGAUGACCCAGCACUGCGUGAGCGUAAACUUCGUGCAAAGCCGAAUUCCUAGGAGAGAGAAAAGCAUUGAGAAAAAUGAAUCCAGAUAAUGCACACGCAAGCGUUGCUGGAAGACAAGCUGCGAAGCAUCAUUAACCGCAGCAGGACAUUGACUCCAUGCUCACCGCCUGCUUACUCUUUCACCUCAUUCAACUUUCAUGACCACUUAUAAGAUACAGUGACAAGGACAGAGGCUUCAGAAAGUUCAGUGACCGGCCCCAAGUUAAGCUGGUGACAGCAGACCUGCGAGCAGAAUCCUGGUCACCUUGGUGCCAAAGUCCACGAUUUUCUGCAUCAAACAUGGCGCAGAGAGAAAGAGAGGUGAAAACUCCGUAAAGAAAAAAAAGCCACCCAUAUCACUUACUAAGAGAAACCAUGUGAAAGGCAGUCCGUGCAAAAGGAAAAUGCUGUACACGCCCCCUCCACGUCCUCGUGGGAGACUCAGGAGGCACCGCACUGGAAUUAUUCACACGGAAACAUGGUAGAAUGGUGUUUACCUCAAGAUAUUGAUCUCGAAGGCGUUGAGUUCAAGUCUAUGGCCAGUGGGUCCCAUAAAAUCCAGUCCGAUUUCAUCUACUUCCGGAAGGGGCCCUUCUUCGGCCUGGCCUGCUUCGCCAACAUGCCGGUGGAGAGCGAGCUGGAGCGCGGCGCCCGCAUGAAGUCGGUGGGCGUCCUCUCUCCGUCCUACACCCUGCUUUACCGGUACAUGCACUUCCUGGAGAACCAAGUUCGACACCAGCUGGAGAUGCCGGGACAUUACUCCCAUCUGGCUGCCUUCUACGAGGACAAGAAAGGGGUGCUCCACGCAGGUUCAGGGAGCGGCGGCAGCCUGCCCCCUGUCUACUGGCUGCCUUCCAUCCACCGAUACAUGUACCCCGAGAUGAAGAUCACCCACCCGGCUGGCUGCAUGUCCCAGUUCAUCAAGUUCUUCGGGGAACAGAUCCUCAUCCUCUGGAAGUUCGCGUUGCUGCGGAAGCGCAUUUUGAUAUUUUCUCCCCCUCCCGUGGGCGUCGUGUGCUAUCGAGUGUACUGCUGCUGCUGCCUGGCCAACGUCUCCCUGCCCGGCAUCGGGAGCACCGUUCCCGAGUCCAAGCCUUUCUUCUACGUGAACGUGGCCGACAUCGAGAGCCUGGAGGUAGAGGUGUCCUAUGUGGCCUGCACCACAGAGAAGAUCUUCGAGGAGAAGCGGGAACUAUAUGAUGUCUACGUGGAUAACCAGAACGUGAAGACGCACCACGGCCACCUGCAGCCCCUGCUGAAGAUCAACGGCGCCGACCGGGAGAAGUACCGGCGGCUGAACGAGCAGAGGCAGAUGCUGCUGUACUCCCAGGAAGUGGGCGAAGACUACACCCCGUGCGAAGAGGACCUCUUUGUGCUGUUUUUCCUAGAGGAAAACAACCGGAUAUUUCAGACUUUGUUGGAGGUGUCCGCCAGUCAAGACAAAACUCUGACGGCCGAGCAUGCGCGGGGCAUGGGUCUGGACCCCCAGGGAGACCGGAGCUUUCUAAUGGACCUGCUGGAGGCCUAUGGCAUCGAUGUCAUGUUGGUCAUUGACAACCCCUGUUGCCCGUAGAGGCAGUGAGCCCAGACCGGUGAGCUGCUCUCGUGGGGCGUUCACCCCGUGCCCCAGAGGGCUCAUUUUUUAUCAAGUCGACACAAAGAAAUAUUGUUUAUACUUUCCAACGAAUGUGAUUUUUGCAAUCUUUCUUUCUGUGCUCCCUAUUGGUCAGAUGAGACUUGCCGUGGUUUUGUCCUGCGUUGGCGAGACGCUAGAAUGGACCACUUUCUCCCAAAGUUGCUGCCUGGUUUGGUCGUAGGUGUUAUCAAAGCCGAUUCUGUCAUCUCCUUGUCGAGUGACUUCAGGAGACGUGGCGAAGGCCACAUAUCCCUAGAAGCCGAGCUCGAGCAACACUGGGGGUGGACUGUUCAGGAAAUCUGUAUGGUCUGUGUCCCCUGACGUAUUCAAGAAUGAGACAGCCGUCCGCCCAGUGUGACCUUGGAUGUCCAUCUGCCUGAAGGUGGCAGCUGGACCAGGUGACCGUUCAAGAUUUUUAUCCAUUCUGGGGGUCAUCUUGGGAUCAGAUCCCUUUUUCCCAUUGAUGAGGACAAAUCUAUGUCUUCUCCGUAGAGCAGAGACCCCAGCGUGGGGCAAAAGGAGGUUUCUGACACCAAGUAUGAACUUCUCUCAGGACAGGGUGACAGGCAGAGGUCGCUCCUCAGCCAGCUGAAAACUGAAAUUUUAGAACGAAGCCUUGAAACGUUCCUCCUGGCCGCUCAGGGUACUACUGUUCCUUUCUCGGGGUUCCUCCCUCUUGGGACAGGUUGGCAGAUCCCGAAGGGCUAACGCCGGCCUUGGCGCUUGCAAGCAAAUUCCUUUUCCAAUUCAGCCUCCUUUAAAGGCUAACCGUCCUCUCAGAGUAAUUUGGGAAUUUUUAAAGAGUAGCAUUCGUUGCCACCAAAGGCAGAGCAGGUGAGGUGCAGGAUAGAGGUGUUUCGUGGGAUGAGUCCUCUGGAGGCAUCACUAGCAGAUCAGAACAAAGAUCCACUUGACUCCGUAACGUGGCGAGGAUCUGAGCUGGCUGACUGAGGUCGGGGCCCGUGAACAAGACUGUGUACCAGUGUGGAGCCCUCACAGACGUCUCUUUAGCAGAGACGACAUUCCUUGAGCUAAAUGGUGGGAGCCAGAGACAUAGCGGAUUUGUUCGAGAGCAGAUCUGACAGUGCCUUCCCCCAGGAACAUACAUGGUCGGGAACCCCGUGUGGCAGCGAUGGGUUUUUGUUUGUUUGUUUGUUUGUUUGUUUGUUUUGCUUUCCUCUGGAAGGGGCCGGUCUGGGAGGUGUUGCUCCUGGUGGUCACCGCCUGUUCUCUGGCAGGGCGUUCGGUGGAUGUCAGCUUUGGUGAGACAGCGAUGGUUAACCACAGGAAGCCAGCUCCGUGAGUAGAGUUCUGGGGCCAUCAUUUAGGAUUUGACUUGACUUGGGACACUAGGUUACUGGUGACAAGUGAUUUCUUCCCCUUCAUCCUUCCUGCUUGGCUCUGUGAAUGGAACAGCCGUCAGUAUACCCAUGUAUGUGACCAAGUUUCGGCCACGCCGAUGUGCACAGCAAAGAGAAAUCACUUUCAAAUGGACGGAUCUCACGGCUUAUCUCGAAACUAGCUUUUUAGGGCUUAUUGCUUUAUUCAAAAAUAUUUUCACUAUAGCUCCUUGAUACAGAAUUCAAGAUGAAACACAUUCACACGUGGAAAUGCAAAUAGACGUUGAUUCAUCAAGCUAGCGUCUUUUAUGUAAAUAUCUAAAUAAGUUUGGGCGUUGAAAUGUAAACUGUACAACUAAUCCGUUUUUCUCCUCUGCAGUGUGGGUUUAGCCAUCAUUUCAGCAGUACGUAUAUUUACAAAAGAAAAUAAUCUGUUUAGAAGCUGAGGCUUCACUGCCAUUUCCUGGAAGAGCAACCUUCUCUCGUUUCCCGAGAAGCAGCCUUUCUCACUCUGGUCAAGUGACGGUCACUGUUAGUGUGUGCGGAAGGGUCAAGGUCUUCUCAUUUAGAGGUGGUCGGAACAGGGCAGGAGUGAAAGGGAAGGUCAGCUUCUCUCGGAGGACAUAGGCGGACCCUCUUCCGGUGGGACUGGGGAAUUUGUUGGGAGAAUUUUGCUCGAGUCUUUCUGUACACGGACACUUCUCUUCUGUGGUUUUAACCGCAAGCUCGGGGUGAAAAUGAGGUUCGCCGUAGUGCCCUCUGCAUGGUGGGUCAGGGGUUCUGGGCUCCUGUGGACUCCACGCUGUCCGAGACGGCUGUCUGUCAGUCUGGCAUCUCUCUGUCAGUCUGUCCUCACGCCCAUGCAGAGGGCUGGGGUCUGGGCGCCCAGGAGAGGAACGGACCUGGGAGGCAGUGCUGUGUCUUAGGCCACAUGGAGCCUGGGCUUAGCCCAAAGCAGAACUUCCCUCCUCCGUCCCUGUGCUUGUUUGAAGAGGGAACCCAAGGACUCAGGCCUUCCCGACACUGCAGCAGAAAGGGACUGUGUUUGUGAGGGAACCAGGCAGAAAUCCCUGCACGGUGACAGAAGCGAGAAGCCACUCAGACCUGGUUUUCUGUCACUGUUGAAAUACUUUCUGAGAAAUCAUUUGCUUUCGUUUGGAAGAUGCUGGGGAACACCCUUGAGGUCCCGCCUUCUAGGUCUGCAAGUUCCUGCGACCACCGGCCGUCUGGAGCAGGUUGCAAACCUAACCUUGGCUGAAGGGGGCCUUCUGCCUGGUCGGACCUCAUGUCCACCCCUGCCCCACCCCUGCCCCAGCUGGCUUGGUCCUCAGGGAUUUUCAGCCUGAUCUAGUGACAUGCCGUGAGCCCUUUGCUAACCUGGGAGCAUUGCUGACCUGAGACACCUGAGCUGCCCUGUCAUCCUGAGACCAACUUAAAUUCCAGGUGGCAAGAGUCCUUGGGAGGCCCAGAAUCUAGGCUUAGGGUUUGUUGAUAUUAAAGUGGAUUUUUUUCCAAGUUUACAGGCUUGGCAGGUGGUCAUAUUCAAUCUUUGGGACCAUGGCCACUUGUCCCCUGGCUUAGGACUCUUUCUUCGGAAGGAGUCAGAAAUGGCAGGGCUUAUCUCCUACCAGACCCCAAAUUCUGGGCUGGAUCAUUUGUUUGGACUGAGCUCUGGCUUUCGUCCAGCAUGAAUCACUCACUGCUUAGGCCUGGUGUGGACUCACCCGGUCCAGCGUCAGUGCCCCCGGGAGAUUACGACUGCCGUGAUUAAGGAGGCAUGUGCUUCCAUCUCCCUCGUCCAGUAUGGCAGCUCUUCUUCCAUCUGGCUGAGGGGGGGGGAGCUGAAUUCAUUGACCUACUGAUAGAAAUCAUUUAGCCGAGGAAUUUGCACCUGUAACUUAACCGUUUUGUUCCAUGUGAAAGUCAAGGUGGGAAAUGGAAAUGUAGCACAGGGUGCAGAUAAUUCUAAAUACCACACGUGAAGCUGUGGUAUUCAGUGCAGCAAUCUGUGAUAUUUUAGCUAGAAGACAAAGGUAAAGAUAAAUUGGAUCCUAGCGGAAUCACUGUUUUUCAUUCCGGUGGCUACGAGGACGGACUGGCCAUUCGUCUUGAUACACUGACGGCCCUUCAAACACAAUACAAAGAUGAGAUUAUUCACCUUUAAGGCCUUUCUGGAACCUUUUGCAAAGGGCAGUCACGAAUGAAGCUUUUAAUGGUAGUGCGGCAGCUCUCCAGGAAGAGGAGGGGACCCCAGGGACCAUUUUUUUUGUUGUUGUUUUUUGUUUUUAAUGAAACCUCGUGGUUUAGAUAUGGAUUGAGCUGCUGUCUCCAGUCCCCAGGCAGAUCAGACUCUUAGAGGUAGAGGUGCUGCUGAGUAAGAUCCUAAGACAGUGAGUGUUCUCUUGACAGUGAACUUGCCUUAGUGUGGUGACAGUUCUAAAGCAGCGAGAACGUCAGUCUGGGGACCGGCAUCGGGCGUGGCCCCAUCUCUCGUUAGGUUCCUUGCUCGUGGGCUGCGAAUCUGAGGAAAGUCCAGCCCUCGGCUCUGUCCCCAGCACUUAGCUCCGCUGCGUGCCCAGCGGUGAGGAUCCUGCAGACCCAGAGGCUGAUGUCAGCAGGCCCAGGUCUGUCCCCUCAUUUCAGGAAAACCCUUCUGAUUCAGGUAGGGGAAAAGAAGGAGUCACAGGCUCCUUUUGCUCCCAAGUUAUGGAUUUUUAACAUUUCAUUUAUGUUCCUAAUAUACCUCUGUUCCCAGGAGCUACUGUGCGCAGUGUGUUGUGGGAAAAGGCUAACUGUGAAUUGAGUUAAUGUUUUUCUAUAAGAGAUGGAAGUGUAUUUUUAUAUCGGUAUACUGUGUGAUGAACUGAGUACGCAGAGGUUGGAAUGGAAGGGAACUUCCAAACCAUAAUCCUGCAAGAAAUGGGCAGUGUGGGAUUUGGGACCAGCCAAGAUCCCAUAAAAGUUUCAUCUUAAAUGAAGCUUUUGGAGAGUGAACGAGGGGACUGUGAAACAUUGAGAGCACUCUUUAGGGGAUGAACUUGACAGUUCUAGGGAGGGUGGCACACAGUCCCCUUGUACGGAAGGGGGUAAAUGUGACAAUGCCGACCGGGCCCCGUCACUGGGAGGGCUGGGAGGCAGUUCUUGUAACUGGCACUUUAAUUCACUUUUGGAGCUGGAAUACAGGGGCCGUUGGAUGAAACUGCAUGGUCGGAAAGGAAAUAAGAAAUUUCUAGUGCUAUAGGAAUGAUGGAGAAUUAAAGCCUUGCUUUCAUUUCUUUAGAGUUUUUUCUAGAAGCUCAGCGUAGCAUGGGCUUUUAGAGGUAAAUAGGACCUAAAUUCAGAAAAUUUAAUUACUCUAGUAGAAGAGUAAGUGUGAAUUACUUGUUCGCCGUAGAAUGCCUGUUUAGACUAAUGAUCCAUUUACUCUGCUUUCUAAGGACAGCCGGGAAUGCGGGGGUGGAGGUAGUAGAGUAUUAGAGAUGACCCACAAAAUGAAAAACCCAGGGGUCACUGAAUGAGCUGAUUGCUAAUAUAUUUGGUAGUAGAAUGACAACGUCCUCUGGGCAAAUUAAACAAAGAUGAAAGUAUUAAAAAAUUUCUGAAGGUGGCAUCAGGAAGUUUGUCUGGCAUGCCCACGAAGACCCUAAGGGAAGGUAGAAAUCCUGGCUUUUUGAAGACAAGAUCAGAGACAUUAAGGGUACAGAGUAGAGAAAAACAAAAUUAACUUCCUUCCUUACCCCCAGCUUGUUGGCUAAACUUUUUGUAGGUUUGGGAAAUAAACCUUUCCUGAAAAAGAAAUAGCUGUAGUCUUGGAAAAACAGUUGUCCUAAUUUUUCUGGGUUAGGAAAAGCAUAGCCCCCCCGUCGCCUUAAAUGUCGAACCCCUAUUUUGAUUAACACCCCAGUAUAAGAGUUAUAGCAAUAAGAGAAACUGAAUCUAUUUUUGUUUCAGGUCUUUACCUCCUAUUAUGAAAUCUGUAAGACAGUUGAUACAUUUUACCCUGAGGACCAGUGCAUCCGGGUGUGGGUGUGUCGUUCUCGCUCUCUGUCUUCAAUGGUGACAGUUUUAAAGGCCUAAAGAAAGCUGGGGUUAUCCUGAAGCUACGAGUAAAUGUUUCUUGAACUGAUUUUGUUCUGUGGUACAAGUAACAUCUGUGUUUAUCUUAUCUGUAUAUAUCUGACCACAUUGUAUGCAGAGAGGUUGAUAUAACUAUAUUUACAGAAAACAGUUUUUACUAUUAAAAUUCACAUUUUAACAUGAA